GCGCGCCGGCGGAUGCGGCGGCAGUGGGGGCGUCGUCUGCGGAGCCGGAGCUUCGACGGGAAGGGGCGGCCGGCGGGGACCCCCGCCCCGUGAGGAAGAGGAGGCCCGGGGCGGGCGAGGGGGCCGCCGGGACCCCCCCCAACCCCCCCCCCCGCCGCCGGGAUGCUGUUCUCGCUGGCCGAGCUGGUGCAGUGGCUCGGCUUCGCCACCCUGGAGAUGUUCCUGCACCUGCUGGCCCUGCUGGCCUUCUCCGUGCUGCUGGCCCUGCGGGCCGACGGGCUGGCCCCCGGCCUGGCCUGGUGGGACGUGUUCGUGCCCUUCUUCGCCGCCGACGGGCUGACGGCCUACUUCACCACCAUCGUGUCCGUGCGGCUCUUCCAGGACGGGGAGCGGCGGCUGGCCGUGCUGCGCCUCUUCUGGGUCCUCACCCUCCUCAGCCUCAAGUUCGUCUUCGAGAUGCUGCUGUGCCAGAAGCUGGCCGAGGAGACGCGGGACCUCUGGUUUGGGCUCAUCCUGUCGCCCGUCUUCAUCCUGCUCCAGCUGCUCAUGAUCCGAGCCUGCCGCGUCAACUAGGCGCCCCGUCGGCGCCCGCCGCUCGAGGACGGCCCCGCCGGGGUGGGCCGCCCCCCCGGACGGUGCUUAAAGGACCCCGAGGGGCCGUUCUGCCGUCGGAAAGGACCGUUUAAUAAAAGGAGUACGCGGGAUCGAAGCGUCCUUCCUCCGGGCCCGCUCCGGAGAAGCGGUAUCGACGGUGGGCAGGGCGCCGUGCUGAGCGUUCGGGACCGUACAACGGAGGAGGUCGACAAGGCCCGCGCCCUCCGGGAGUUUAAAAUCCCGCACGGGAGCCGGACGCUUGUAACGACGGUAUUUGUCAGGCGCUGACUACGUGCUAAGCGCUUAGUACAGUGCUCUGCACACAGUAAGCGCUCAAUAAAUACGAUUGAUGAUGAG